CCGGGCGAGCGUGCGCCACCCUGCUUUCCGUUCUUCACGACACCCACUCACGGCACAACCAUAUGACGAUUAUCGAAUUUCAGCCGUUCUCCUUGCUCAUCGAACCGGCCUUUUGGCACGCGCUCAACAAUGUCAAGACCGAUGUCCUCAGGCUCUCAGAUGCCUUCAUUCCUCUGGCAGCGUCCUAUGCGCCCCGACGUGCCAUUGUCGAUAUGGAGACGGGGCGUGAGAUUGCGAUGCCGUCCGCGUUGAAGCUAGUGGGCGAUGCGUUCACCGGGAGUCUUCAUCGCAUCGGAGUCGCUACCGGUCUGACAGGUGCACGGGGUACAAGCGAGCGGUCAGCUGCUGUUGGGUGGGAGAAGAGCCCUCAGGGCAAGCUUUACGCCCCGUGUCGCAGACCUGGCGCCGACGAUGGAUCCAAAGAGAGACUUACGGACCAGACUCUCGACCAGAUAUGCGCAGUCACGCGCCCCGGACUCGCGUCCACCGCCUCCCCGGUGGCCGUCGGGCUCCUCGCCGCGCUGCUGCAGCACCCAGGCAGCGUAAACGUACCGGCACUGGCACCUAAGAAGGGUGGCGAGCUGCCUGAUCCACACGCGUCAGGCAGCGUGCUCGGGCUAGUGCUGCACCAGCCGCGAGGCUGUCUCGCUGAGUUUCGAACGAUACCUGUACGAGGCACGGCCUUCUUCUCAUGCUGCACAGGCUAUGGCGGCGCGGUGCUGGAGGCAUACAAACGUCAUGUAUGGGCUCCUGUGCAGAGUGCGUGCGGCAAGCCUGGGUUCAUGGAGCGUCUCACCUGUCUGGAUGAACUGUACCGCGAGGGGGAGGAAGCGGCGGGCGAUGUUGAAUAAGAGGAUGAGGACGAUGAGGAUGUGUUGAAUAUAUUUCUGCGAAAGUAGUACCAAAUGUACCUAUAGAUUAGGUUAUACCCUGGAAUAGUAGCUGGUCAAGAUUGCU